CUCUUGCACGAUCUUAUGUGAGGUCACCCUUCACAUCCCUCCUGGUAUAUGCUAACUCCCUCCGAGAUACCCUCCACUUCCAAUUUUCUUCUUUCCCUAGUCUUCAUCUUCAUCGUAUCUUUUCAUUGUAAAAAAAUCUAACUGUAAAAAUUACUCGUGUUUUAUAAAAGAAAAAUUGUACAACAGCAUAAACUAAUCCCAGUGAUAUUUUGGAGUAAACCUAGUAGUUUGUUGUGAAUAGAUAAUGAUGACUACGAAAUAUUGGAUGAUGUUAGUGUCAUUAUUGCUGAUAUUCGGAUGUAUUUCAGAAUCCCAGCAAUUCAUCAUCAGAAGCAUCAACAUCCCUUCCGCUGUAAAAGUCGGUGAUGUCGAUUAUGUGAUUCUCGACUGCGACUAUGCUUUGGAAAACACUUCAAGCCAUGGGUUAGUAGUCAAGUGGUUCUUCAACGACAACCAAGUAGUUUAUCAGUGGAUCUACGGCAAAAAACCCUUAGCUGACGAUCCGGCCGCGAAAUACGUCGAUUUAACGUACAAAGCUAGCAAUGAUCCUUUUACCGAAUAUCGAGCCAUGAAGCUGGAUAAACCAGGAAUCGAUCUAACGGGUAAUUAUACGUGUGUAAUAUCGACGUAUGCGGACGAGCGGACGGCAAACGCUUCCAUGGUGAUUUAUUGUAAUGUCGUAACAGAUCUUUAUGUACCUUGA